AUGGCUUCAUCAUCUACAUCUGUCAAGCCUUCUGUUGGAAUUCUCAGCAUAGAGCGCAUUCGAGCAGCAAAGAUUGUGGAUGUCGCCUCAGAUGAGGAGUUGUUGACACGAGCAGACAUCAUCCUCAGCAUAGUCCCACCAAGAGACGCCUUCACAACAGCAAGACGUGUGUUCAACGCAAGCCGGUCUGCUGGUGAUGCACGAAAAGCGAAGAAGGGUCCCGCUUCUAACCAGAUAGUCUACAUCGAUCUCAAUGCGAUUUCACCCAGAACAGUAGCCAAGAUUAAUGGCUUGUUCGACGUGAUGCCAAUCACGAGUCCUCCGCCUACACCAUCGCUUACACGUAGACUAACCCGAACUCUGUCCAUGGCUGGUAGUCAGCAGAGUACAUCUGAACCACCCCCGCCACCACCAAUCGAUAUCAGAUUUCUGGAUGGCGGUAUAAUUGGUUCGCCUCCCUCGAAAGACAAGUCCAGCGACGAACCGAAUAACAGCAACGACCAGGACUCUACUUGGAAGAAACCAUCUAUCCCAUUGUCAGGUCCGCAUGAAUCACUGCUAACCCCAGCUCUGCUCACACUUCUCAACAUGAAAUUCAUCUCUGGCAAACUUGGCACUGCAUCGGCGCUCAAGGCAUGUUUCGCGUCGUUGACCAAAGGCUUCACGGCUCUUUCGAUUCUGAGCUACACCACGGCGGCGACCUGUGGAGUACUUCCCGAACUAAAGUCGCAUCUUGAGGAAUAUAUGCCGGGUUUAGCACAACGCGCCGAAAAAGGACUCACAGGUAUGCCGCCGAAAGCAUACAGAUGGGUCGACGAGAUGCGCGAGAUUGGAAAGACUUUCAAGUCUUCUGGAGGAAUGAAAUUUGGUGGCGAAAUGUUCGAGCAGGCUGCCGAAGUGUAUCGCUUUGUUGCAGAGGACACGGUUCUAGGUAACGAGAAGACUGGAAAGAGAAAACGAGGUAUGACUGUGGAGGACGUUGCAGAGGCUGUGGAAGAGGGUGUGCAGAGGAAGAUGCAGAAACGUGAAGGAAAAGACGAAAAGCUAGAAUUGGCUUGGAGAGGUAGCUGGGGUUUGUAA